UGCUUACCGAUGCAAAAUGUGAGUGAGACAGGAAGGGGUCCAGCGAGCCAAAGUGAGAGAUGGAAAGUAAAUUAAUAAGAAAAGGGGAAGAGAGAUGUUGAGGUAGUUUAUUUGAGGAGAGAUUUGAUCGGAUCACAAUGUUAAGACUAAGUCUCCUGGUUAUCCUGCUCUCCCACUCGGCCUGCUCGAUGCUGCUGGGAUGGGUGGAGUCUCCAGGAUAUCCCAGUGGAUACUUGCCCCAUGCCAGUCUUAACUGGAGCAGGUGUGCCCCCAAAGGUCACACCCUCUCCAUCAGGCUCAUCCACCUGGACCUGGAGGACAGCCGGGACUGUGAAAACGAUGCAGUGAAGGUCUAUUCAAAUGGAAACUUGAUUUAUGUUCUGUGUGGCAAAAGGGAAUUUGAGGAACUCCAAUCCACUGUAAAUCCCCUGCUCGUCUCCUCUCCGGGCGGCUGCCUCUCUCUGUCUUUCCACUCCGACUACUCAAACACCAAGAGGCACACUGGCUUCAGAGGCUUUUACACUGUGCAAGACUUUAACGAAUGUGAGGACGACCCAGAAAACGGUUGCACCCAGUUCUGUCACAACUUCAUCGGAGGCUACCACUGCUCCUGUCGCCAUGGCUACCACCUGGGCAUGGACAAACACACUUGCACAGUGAGUUGUAGCAAGGACCUGUCAGGGCUGAACAAAGGAGACAUAUCCAGUCCCUCCUGGCCUGGUUCAUAUGCAGAGAAUGCCAACUGUCAGUACACCCUGUCUGUGGAGGCCCACCUGCAGCUGGAGCUGCACUUCUCUGGGGUUUUCGAUGUGGAGCAAAGCCCUGAUGGUCAAUGCAUAGACGCCCUGAGGAUUGAGACUCUCUCUGGGACUCUGGGGCCAUUCUGUGGCGACACGCCUCCCCCAUCUCCCCUCCUCACUCACUCACAUCACGUCAAAAUCCACUUUACCUCUGACGGCUUUGGCACAAACAAAGGCUUCAGUUUCCACUUCAAGACCAGAGGAAAGGUCUGUCCAGCGGUGGUAACCUCACACUCCACUGCGACUCCUCACAAACCAGAACAUCAACCAGGUCAAACAGUGACAGUUACUUGUGAUCUUGGCCAUGUUGUGAAUAUUCAAGGCAUCCAGACCUUGUCAACACAGUAUGAGACAACAUGCCUGAGUACAGGCCAAUGGGUCCCUUAUCACCCCUGUGAAUCUGUGAAUUGUGGCCAUCCUGAUAUCCCAGAAGAUGGCAUUCUGCAGUUGGUGGGCUCAGAUGAUUCACACACUCAGUUUGAAGACCAGAUCCACUUUAACUGCAGUUCAAAGUACUAUACCCUGGAUGGAGACGACACAUACAUUUGCAGUGCCAGUGGUGAAUGGGUAUCAAAUGGCGGAGACUCAAAGUUGCCAAAAUGCAAUCCAGUGUGCGGGAUGCCUGAAAAAGAAUCUGUGAGCGCAGGCAGGAUUUUAGGAGGUCAGAAUGCAGUGCUGGGAGAAAUACCUUGGCAACUUUUGAUAAAAAGGCCAAGCAGAGGAGGAGCAUCACUAAUCAACGACCGGUGGGCCGUCACAGCAGCUCAUGUUGUGGAGGGGGUAGAGGAAACUUCUUUGCAGCUGUAUGGUGGACUGGUAGAUGGGAAGAAAACAGCUGUUGAAGCGUCUGACAUAGUUGUCAUGGACAGUGAGAAGAUCAUAAUUCAUCCUGGCUAUGACACAAGCAGUCCACCUGAGAGGCGCACCAAUUUUGACAAUGAUAUUGCUCUUAUCAGAUUAGCUUCCAGGGUGAAUUUUGGCCCAACACUCCUUCCCAUCUGUCUGCCAACUGUAAACAGGGGCAUGGUGGAAAAUGAGCAAGGCACAGUUUCAGGCUGGGGGAUUACAGAAGUGAGGAAUACUUUUGCCAAGUCUCGUAUUUUGAAAUACGCUCACAUCGGGGUUUAUUCCCUCAAUGUGUGUCGGGAUACACCUUACUCAUCACCUAACAACCGCAUGACUUUCACUGAUAACAUGUUCUGUGCUGGAGCAGAGGGGAAGGACAGCUGUCAGCAAGACAGCGGAGGUCCAUUUGUUCUACCUAUGUUGUCUACAGGCAGUGGGCCUUAUAAUCUGGUUGGCAUUGUGUCCUGGGGAUCCCGCUGUAACGAGAGGAAGUUCAAGGGGUAUUACACCAAAGUGGAGAAUUAUGUAGACUGGAUUAAGGAGACAAUAGAUAAAGUAGACAAAUCUCGGCUCAGAAGACCACAGACUGAUAAACAGAUCGAACUGCUGACUCUGUUCAUGCAUCUUUCCAGGUUUCUGUAUGUGUCAGUGUGUGAGUGCUGGCCGCUGCCUGACUCUGAGCCUCUAAUGCACGGGGAGGUCCAGUCCCCCCAGUAUCCGCAGCCUUACCCUACCAACCUGCUGGAGCAAAGGGACCUCAGUGUACCCGAGGGCUACCAGAUCCGACUCACCUUCACACACAUGGACAUUGAAGCUUCUGCAGGCUGCUACUACGAUGCCCUUACAGUUCUCUAUGAUGGAAAGGUCUUGGGAAGGUUUUGUGGCCAGGAGAAUUCUGCCGAUGGGCAUCACCCUGGCAACCAGCCCAUCCUCUCUCCAGGCAACAGACUCACCCUCAUCUUCCAGACAGACAGCAACAACCCAGAGCGCCACCAGAAUGUGGGCUUCUCUGCUCAGUAUCAGGCCAUAGACAUGGAUGAGUGUUCUGCGCCCGCCCCCGUAGAUGGGUCAGGUCCACUCUGCGAUCAGAUCUGCCUCAACACCCUUGGCUCAUACCUCUGCUCUUGUCACCACGGCUAUGAACUUCGCUCAGACCAGCGCACCUGUGUGUUAUCCUGCGGUGGUGGUAUUUUUGAUGAGCCAGAGGGACAUCUGUUCAGUCCAGGAUACCCUAACUCCCCACCGCAUGCCGUGUCCUGUCAGUACAUCAUUUCUGUAGAAUCUGGCUUCACUGUGUCUCUCAACUUCUCUGACAACUUCCACAUCGAGAGCGUGGGCACUCAGCAAGGCCCAAACUGUCUCCAUCACUGGCUGCAGGUGACCGUUCAAGACAGAGAGCCCAUGAAGCUGUGUGGUGCAAAGAGUCCAGGCCUGAUAGAAACAAACUCCAACACUGUCAAACUGGACUACCACACUGAUGAUGAAGGCCUGAGCAACGGCUGGAGCCUGGACUACAGCACACAGAGAGUGCAGUGCCCAAUCCCGGCUAAAGUAGUUAAAGGCAGAGUCACACCGAUCUUGACCGAAUAUUUCUACAGAGACUACAUCUUUGUGCGAUGUGACCAAGGAUACAAGCUGAUGAUGGAUGGUCAGGAGAUUGAGAGCUUCUCUACCAUGUGCCAAGGCGACGGACAGUGGCACCUCCCUCUGCCAGAAUGCCACAUAAUUGAUUGUGGAGAACCUGAAUCUCUGCUGAAUGGAGGGGUGACCUUCCUGUCUGGCUCUCAGAAUCAGUACCGCUCUGCUGUUCAGUAUCACUGUAAUGAACCAUUUUACUCUCUCCUUGGGGGUGUAAAUGUUAGCUUCACCUGUGAAGCAGACAGAAAGUGGAGAUCCAACCAUGAUGCUGUUAUCAGUCCAAUAUGCCUACCAGUUUGUGGCAAGCCAACAGCAGUCAUCUCUUCCUAUGAGAGGAUCAUUGGAGGCAAUGAUGCUCCAGCGAAUACCAUCCCUUGGCAAGUGCUACUGAGUGUAGAUGGAGGCAGAGGAGGAGGCAUGGUGAUUGCAGACCACUGGGUUCUGACUGCAGCUCAUGUCGUAGCAAAUAAUAAUGGAACACCAGCAUCAAAGGACGUUAUACGGAUUUACAUGGGAAUUAAUGAAAUUCAAACCUUAAACGUCUUGCCUAUUAGUGCUGCCUCAGUCCAUGUUCACCCUGGUUACAACAACAUCAACAAUGUAAACUACAACAAUGACAUUGCGUUGAUCAAACUGGAAGACCCGAUCACAUUCACUUCAUCCGUAAUGCCCUUAUGUUUGCCAGCAGAGGAAGACACAUACCUCACUGGCACCAUGGGAUUGGUGUCAGGCUUUGGCGUAACAGAGACGGCAGAAAAACGACGUGUUUUAACAAAUAAGCUGAAGUACUUGCAGGUCCCUGUGGUGGAGCAGGGGAUAUGCAGUACUUCCAUCAAUGCGUUUAGGAGGACAAGGCCUGGCGUACCAAACCUGACAAAUAACAUGUUUUGUGCUGGAGUCCCUGAAGGUGGGAAGGACUCCUGCCAAGGUGACAGUGGAGGCCCCUAUGCCCUGUAUGACAAUGGACGGUUCUGGGCUGCAGGGAUUGUGAGCUGGGGCGUUGACUGCGGCAAGAAGGGAACAUAUGGAAUCUAUACCAAAGUCACCAACUACAUGGACUGGAUCAAGACGACCAUGGAAGAGAACUGAAAUUUACAUUUCAUUACAACCUGAUGUGAAGAUGAUGACAUUUCUAAUAAAAUAAGAAGAAAGAGAACUAAUUUUGCUAUUUAAUUAUACUCUUGUCUGCAGAAUUAAUACAUAUUGUGUCACAAGAAAAAGCUAUGAAUUAAGAUAAUCUUCCAGUUGAUGAUAAAACGAUUAAGUGCAAAUUCCUGCUUGUGAUGAUUAGAACCAUUUCAGAACUUUAUAAAGUUAUUCAAUGAAUGCCAUACACAUUCUUCACUAGUCAUUGCAUUGUAUUUCCAAAAGCAUCUUUUCUUCAAGUGUGAAUAAAGUGAUAUAAUGCAGA